AUGAACCGCCUGCUCAACGUUUUCCAGAAUGCGGCGAUAGCAGAAACCGCGAACCUCGCAGCAGCCCAGCCACAGCCUCAAGAACAGGAAGACCCACCGCCCGUUGUUCCCGUCUUUGAGGAUGACGCCCUUGCCGCCCAGCUGCAGCAGCCGCAGUCCGUGCAGCUGCUGCAGGUGGUCCCCACCCCCGACGGGGCCCCGCGCGACAAGCUGCUCGUGCGGGACUUCAUCCAAAACUCCCUUUACCAUCCCACUCUGGGUUACUUCAGCGCUCCCACGCCCCCGGUGGGCAGUGUGGGCAGUCCCAUCAACUACUGGCGCAUCUACUGCCGGGAUGAGUUCAACAUCCUGGUCAACAAGAAGUACCAGGAGCUGGAGGACUGGCUCCGGGACAAUCGGCCACAAGACUACCGUCUGACGUCAUACACGUGUCUGGAAAUCUCCACCAGCCUCGCUGCACGGCAGUACGACAAGGUUGUACGGCAAGGCGGUCACGGCGGUCGAUUCCACCUCCGUCGCGGCAGUGGGUUGGAUCCCGCCACGUGGGGCUCCGAACGGCGCUGGGAACACACGUUCGUGCUGAUGAUGGAGGUGCUGGAUAACCUCCCGCACGACAGUCUGGAGCGCGGGCCCUGGGAGAUGGCGGGGGAGCCCCUCGCCGACCCGCUGCUGUGCCGUACACUGGCGGCGGUGUACCGGACCCCCUCCCGGGAGCAGCAGUUGGACGAGCGAUUCAACCGGGUGCUGGACUUCAUACUCGCCCGGGACUCGCAGCCAUCCAGUCGCGAUGAAGUCCUGUGGCUGCCCACCGCCUGCGCGGCCUUCCUGGAGCUGCUGCACACCCUGAGGCCGAACCACUCCCUCAUAGCGGCGGACUUUGACAAGCUGCCGGAUGUCAAGUUGCCCGGACGGAACGCACCGCUGGUGGCACAGAAGGUGGUUACCAUGACAGGGAAAUUCGGACACGCCGCCAGCGGCUCCCAGGGUGUUGGUGUUGACGGCGGUUGUGCUGUGGGUGAUGUGAACGCGGAGCACUUCCGCCAGGGUGCGGUCAUCAAGCGGUAUCGGGAGAUGUUCAACACCGCCACCAUUUGCGCCUUCAACCCCAUGGUCGACGACUUCGUGAAUGCGAGAUUUUUCUUCGGGGAUUCCAAGAAUCGGCUCCCCCCCGGGCAAGAGCGACCCGCACCCCAGGCAUCCAAGUCCCGUAUGCCGCAAGCACCACCCUCCCUGGCGUCAGGCAUUAAGGCUCACAUUCCGGCGGCCUCCGCAGCCAAGAGACAGCAAGACGCAGAUCAGGAAAGAUGGACUGGGAAACGCGUUGCGACCCCUUCCUCAAACAUAAAAGUCACAAUUUUUAAUGAUGUCCCCGCACAUUUUGAGGUUUUCGCCGGCGCAGUGGACACAGUAAGAACUUAUCUGCGGACGGAGCCCCAAGCUGUCUGGAUGGCAUCGUCGAGGAAUGAUUGCAGCGGCAACAGCAGCAGCAACGGCUCAGGCAACAGCAGCAAGAAGAACGGGAUGCGCGGGCUGAAGCGGCCGCCGCCUUCCGGGCUGUUAAAAUGGCUGGGGAUUGCUCCAGAACACCCCAGCUGGCACCGCUUCGAGCUCUGUACAGCUGCGGGCGCACUGGCGGCGGCCGAGCAGAUGCGGCCGCACCUUGACUGGGGCCCGGUCGACUUAUUGGUCUGUAUCUCCCCGGAGCUCGACAAAGACACCACCUGUCAUGCCGUCGCCCGCGUCCUCCGACCUCGCCUGUUGGUGCUUCUGGUCCAUCGUGCGGAUCUUAUCGGGAAGGGCAGCCGCUUCCUGGUGCGGCCACCCGCGCCGCUUCAGCUGAUGGCGCUGGCCCCACACGUGGCGACUGCCGUACGGGCCCAUACAACAAAUGUAUUCUAG